CUUCUGUAUUUUAAUUCAAACCAAUAAAUAAGUUUUAUUAUUUUUAUUUAUUGUAAUUUUCUUGUUUGGUUUUUAGCUUCAAAAGUUUCCACUUUAUUAAUUUUUUCUUGCCAAAAGAGAUGAUGUUGUUGCUCAGCUCAACCCCCCCACUAAUAUUAUCUGAAAUUUUGUUAUUGUUGCUGUUGAUGUCUUUCAAAGAGAGAUCUUUCAUCUUGAAAGUUGAAAGUACUUCUAGUAUCACUUUUCUCUUUCUCUUUUUCUUUUAUCUUAAUUUUUUUUUUCUUCUAGCUAUCUUCUCUCUUGAUAAAUAUAUAUAUAUUAUUUUUCCAAAUCUUCUGAAUAAAGCACACCCAGAAAAAGGAGUUGAGAUUUUUGUUAUUAGUUGCUGUAGUUGUAACCCCUCAAAGUGGUAUUGGAGUGGUUAAACCCAUGGAAGGUCCAAACAACAACAACUCCAAUAGUAAUGAUAGUAAUAAGAAUAUGCUAGAGAGAAGAACAAGGCCUCAAAAGGAUCAAGCUGUGAACUGUCCAAGGUGCAAUUCAACAAACACCAAAUUCUGCUACUACAACAAUUACAGCCUCACUCAACCAAGAUACUUUUGCAAAACUUGUCGAAGGUAUUGGACUGAAGGUGGAUCUUUGAGAAAUGUUCCAGUGGGUGGAGGCUCACGGAAGAACAAGAGAUCAUCAUCAUCAUCAUCUUCUUCAACAUCAUCACCUUCUUCUUUACCAAUAUCUUUAUCAUCAAAAAAAGUUGCCCAUGAUCAUCACAAUGAUCAUCAUUUGCCAUUACCAUUUAGUUUCCCUAAUACUAGCAGUACUCAUCAACAAAACCCCAAAAUAAUCCACCAAGGCCAAGAUCUCAACCUUGCUUUCCCUCCAUCGUCCGAUCAUCACCAUCAUCAUCACCAUCAGGAUUAUCAUGAUCAUAACACGUUCUCGAGAUUUGUCCAAGUUCCGUACACUACUAGUGAUCAUGAUCCUAACAAGAUCAACCACGUGAACCAAAACCCUAUCACAGCUGCUUCAACUCCUACUACAACAACUAGUUCAGUACAACUCUCGGCUAUGGAGCUUCUGAAGACUGGUAUGGCUUCGAGGGGGUUAAUGAGCUCGUUCAUGGCCAUGCCACCAGCUAAUAAUACUACUACGAGUAGUACAAUGUUCCCAAGUAGUAGUAAUGGGUUUUCUUUGGGAGGGCAUGAGUUCAAACCUAAUAACAGUUCUUCAUCUCUUAGUUUUGAUCUGGAUCAUGGGUACGGUCAUGACCAUCAAAGCGGGUACGGGUCGGGUCUCGAACAACAACAACAUCAUCAUGUGGUGCAACAAGAAAUCAACGGUGCUAGGCUUUUGUUUCCAAACAAUGAUCAUGAUCAUGAUCAGGAUCAUGAUAUGAAGCAGGUUUCAACUACUAGUACAACAACUACUACUACGACUACUACUCAUCAUGCUAGAGGGCAAGGAGAUCAUAAUUCUAAUACUCAUGGCUAUUGGAACGGAAUGUUAGGUGGUGGAUCUUGGUAAAUAUUUACUAGAGAAAUGAUGAAAACGACAACGUUUGGCUUUCAUAUAUAUAUGAUCAAUCACUUUGGUGGUAACUACUCUACUGGUAACUGCUUGCUUUGAAUCUUCUCAUCUUGACCAUCACCAAAAAGAAAAAGAGAAAAAAAAAAAAAAACUAACAACUUAUUAGGAUACAUGGGUUCUUGUACUUUCUUUUUAUUAUUAUCAUUACCUAAAUAUCUUCGUUUGCCCUUUUGUAUUUGUUUUUAGUUCUUAAUCAAUGUGUAUGUUUUUGAAGCUUUAUUUUUAGGUCAGCUUCAAGGGUGUGGUACUAUAAGUUUCAAAUUCUAUGAUAGGCAAUAGUACUAUACUACUGCUUUUUUUUUUUUAAUUUAAUUAUUUAUUUACUAUAACAUUGCAUUCGUGUAUACCAAAUAAUUAUGUUCAUUU